AUGACUACUGGCACUGCUGUCAACGGCGACAAGCCAAGGGAGACCUUCCUCUUCACAUCGGAAUCUGUAGGCGAGGGUCAUCCUGACAAGAUUGCUGAUCAAGUCUCCGAUGCUGUCCUCGAUGCCUGCCUAACCAUUGACCCGAAGUCUCGCGUAGCCUGCGAGACUGCCACCAAGACCGGCAUGAUCAUGGUCUUUGGUGAAAUUACUUGCCCUGGCAAGAUUGACUACCAGAAGGUCAUUCGCGAUGCCAUCAAGGACAUUGGCUACGACCACUCCGAUAAGGGUUUCGACUACAAGACGUGUAAUGUCCUUGUUGCAAUUGAAGAGCAGUCGCCCGAUAUUGCCCAGGGUCUCCAUUAUGAGAAGAAGGACGAGGAACUCGGUGCCGGUGACCAAGGUAUCAUGUUCGGCUAUGCCACCGACGAAACGCCCGAGUACCUCCCCGCCACCAUCCUGCUUGCUCACAAGCUCAACAGCGCCAUGAAGGAGGCUCGCAACUCUGGAGAACUCCCUUGGCUAAGACCCGAUACCAAGACCCAAGUCACUAUCGAAUACGCCAAGGAUGGCGGCGCCGUUGUGCCUCUCCGCGUUGACACCGUUGUCGUCUCUGCUCAGCACUCCGACGACAUUUCCACCGAGCUCCUCCGCAAGGAGAUCAAGGAGAAGAUCAUCAAGAAGGUCAUCCCCGCCAAGUACCUUGAUGACCGCACCAUCUUCCAUAUUCAGCCUUCUGGCCGCUUCGUCAUUGGCGGUCCUCAGGGUGACGCCGGACUGACUGGUCGCAAGAUCAUCGUUGACACCUACGGUGGAUGGGGUGCUCACGGUGGUGGUGCGUUCUCCGGCAAGGAUUAUAACAAGGUGGAUCGUAGUGCCGCCUACCUGGCCCGCUGGAUCGCCAAGUCCCUCGUACACGCCAAGCUCGCUCGUCGGGCCCUUGUGCAGCUCUCUUACGCCAUUGGUGUCGCAGAGCCGCUCUCCCUCUUCGUUGAGACCUACGGUACCUCGGACAAGACCUCUGACCAGCUGGUAGAAAUCAUUCGCAAAAACUUUGACAUGCGGCCCGGUGUCAUUGUCAAGGAACUCGGCCUCGACAAGCCCAUCUAUCGGCAAACCGCCAAGAACGGCCAUUUCACCAACCAGAGCUUCAGCUGGGAGAAGCCUCUGGAACUCAAGUUUUAG